GGACGAGAAAGAGAAAAAAAAAAGAGCAGGAGGACCAGGUUCCUUAGUUUAAGUGGACAUUUAUGGUUUUCUUGAAUUCAAGAGAAAAGAAUGUCACAGAGCUCCAAGCAGCAAUCUACCAGCCUUCUGAAUGCUGCAAGUAAAACUCAACAUGGGAACUUCCUAGUGGCCAUUAAGCAGGAGAAAGGCGAGGCCCCUCGGUUAAUUGGGGAGAAGCCCCAUGGCGAAGAGGAGGUGAGCCCCCUGCCGGUGAAAAAGCGGGGCUGGCCGAAAGGCAAGAAGAGGAAGAAAAUCCUUCCAAAUGGACCGAAGGCCCCUGUGACGGGCUACGUCCGCUUUCUGAAUGAACGACGGGAACAAAUUCGCAUGCAGCGCCCGGAUUUGCCCUUCCCAGAGAUCACAAAAAUGUUGGGAGCAGAGUGGAGUAAACUACAGCCCACAGAAAAGCAGCGCUAUCUGGAUGAGGCUGAACGGGAGAAGCAGCAAUAUAUGAAGGAGCUGAGGGAAUACCAGCAAUCAGAAGCUUACAAGCUGUGUGCUGAGAAGAUGCAAGAGAAGAAAAUUAAGAAAGAGGAUGCUGGUGCUGGAACUGUGAAUACAUUGCUCAAUGGAUACAAGACUGGAGAAAGUGGCAGUGAUGGUUUCUCAACAUUUGAUGUCCCUAUUUUUACAGAGGAAUUCUUAGACCAGAACAAAGCCAGGGAAGCAGAGCUGCGGAGACUACGUAAGAUGAACACAGAGUUCGAGGAGCAGAAUGCCAUCCUGCAGAAGCACACAGAGAGCAUGAGCUGCGCCAAGGAGCGCCUAGAGCAGGAGCUUGCACUGGAGGAGAGGCAGACAAUGGCGUUGCAGCAACAGCUCCAGAUGGUGCGCCAAGCUCUGACAGCCAGUUUUGCCAGCCUUCCCAUUCCAGGCACCGGUGAGACCCCCACACUGAACACACUUGAUUUCUACAUGGCAAAGCUUCACAGCACCAUUGAGAGCAAUCCUAUACAACAUGAAAGGCUGGUUGUCCGAGUCAAGGAGAUUUUGUCCCGUGUCGCCAAUGAGCAUUUGUAAGCAACUGGGACACAAUUUGAAAAUAUCUCAACUACAGUCUGCCAAGUUGAUGGACUACACUGCUGUAUGCUGCUCCUGACGCAGCUGCCUGUACGUAGCAGAUCUUCUCCAGUGCCUCUUCUCUUCAAAGAGCCUUAAGUUGCCUUUUCUGCUCCUUUAAAUGUGUAGGAAAACCUCUUUUCUUUCUGAGCUUUGUCCUCUCUUGGCUCUUUCUGAAGUUGCUGGCAGGACAGUAGAUGGUAGAAUGACAGAAAAUCAGUGAGACUUGUCCAUGAUUGCUGGAUUCUGGGACUCUGUUUUCUCCUCCAAAGUACAGAUUUCCAGGCUGAUUUUGCCACAGAAAUGAGUAUUGCAGUCACUGGGAUAUGUCACUGACUAUUGUGGCUA